AUGAAGCAUUUUGCCACUUUCAUUGCUACCGCCGGUGUGCUGGCCCACUCCGCUUCGGCGCACUACAUUUUCAGCAAGCUUGUGUUGAACAAUGAGGUUUCCGAGGACUGGCAGUACAUUCGCCAGACUACUCGCGACAAGUGCUAUAUGCCCACCAAGUUCACCUCGACAUACGACAACCUGACUCCCAGUGACAGCGAUUUCCGUUGUAACCUAGGCUCUUUCAGCAAUGCCGCAAAGACCGAGGUCGCGGAUGUUGCUGCUGGUGAUACCAUUGCCAUGAAGCUCUUCUACGACGGCAGUAUUGCACACCCUGGACCUGGUCAAGUUUAUAUGUCCAAGGCGCCCACAGGCAAGGUUCAGGAGUAUGAAGGUGAUGGCGACUGGUUCAAGAUCUGGGAAACAACCAUUUGUGACGAUAACGGUGACCUCACCACAGAUGCUUGGUGUGCAUACGGCCUGUCGCAGUUUGAGUUCCAGAUUCCCGAAAAUACCCCGGCUGGCGAGUAUCUCGUCCGUGCUGAACACGUUGGACUCCAUGGCGCGCAGAACAAUGAGGCCGAAUUUUUCUACAGCUGCGCUCAGAUCAAGGUCAGCGGCACUGGCAACGGCUCUCCAAGUAUCACUUAUCAGAUCCCGGGUCUUUACACUGACAACAUGACGUUGUUCAAUGGCCUUAAUCUUUGGACGGACUCGGCCGAUCAAAUUGAAUCAGACAUUGCAGACACUCCGAUUGGUGAUGAUACCUGGAGCGGAGGCAGCAGCAGCGGGGCAUCCUACCCUGCCAGCUCAUCCUCGAUUAGCUCGUCCAUCUCAUCAGCCACGCCUGAAGCUUGGAACAAAUUCACUUGCGGCACGCACAGCAAGAGAUCUGCCAUCCACUGCCAUGCCUAA